AUGCUACCCUCUGUUGUGUUUUUGGGACUUACAGUCCUCAUUGGCACUUCCAGGGCUUCCUACCCGUUCACUCAUUCCAUGGACAGUCACCUGCAUCCUCGCCUGUACCACGGCUGCUAUGGGGACAUUAUGACCAUGGAGGCUUCCGGGGCCCCCUGUGACAUAGACAAUUUGAUUAACUGCGGGAUCCGUGGCUCUGAAAUGUUUGCUGAGAUGGACUUGAAGGCCAUAAAGCCUUAUCAGACGCUGAUCAAGGAAGUGGGGCAGAGGUACUGCAUUGACCCUGCUAUCAUCGCAGCCAUCAUCUCCCGAGAAAGCCACGGUGGCACUGUUCUGCAAAAAGGCUGGGACCACCGGGGACUUAAAUUUGGCCUGAUGCAGCUCGAUAAACAAAUCCACCACCCUGUUGGUUCCUGGGACAGCAAAGAGCACCUUUUGCAAGGUGCUGGUAUUCUAACAGACAGAAUUAAAGCCAUCCAGAGAAAAUUCCCCAAGUGGAGUGCUGCUCAACACCUGCAAGGUGGUCUCUCUGCCUUUAAGUCGGGAAUCGAAACCAUUGUCACCCCUGCAGACAUAGACACUGACCUCGUCAAUGAUCUUCUUGUCCGAGCUAAAUUCUAUAGAAGACAUGGCUUCUAG